AGAGGGAGGGGUUUCUUCCGUGCCACUGGUGUGCUGCGUUGCUUAAGUCACAAGACAUUACUCUGCUGUGCUGCGUUGUUUUAGUCAAAACACAUGACUUACGAGUGAUUCUGUAGUCGUCUUGAAAGGAAAACCAUUUAGCCAUGUCGUGUGCUAUGAGAAGUCUGGUGGAGGAUGAUGACAGAUACCUGAAGUCCUUCCAGCUGUUCCUGGAGCGCUCCUCUGAACACAAGUGCAUGCAGGACUUUAUCCAUGGCAUCCUGCCUGACAUUCUAGCCAGCAUUGGAGAGGGAAAAGCCAACCUUAAUAUGAUGGGAGUUGGAAGUGGAGCAGGUGAGAUUGACCUUGAGAUGUUCUCUCAGCUGCAUCUGAAGCAUCCUGCAGUAACCGUGGACAACCAGGUGGUGGAACCCAGCGCCCAGCAGCUCCACCUCUAUAAGGUGUUGGUGUCCCAGAAACCAAACCUAGACUACAUUAAAUUCACUUGGAACAAGAUGACGGCCACUGAGUUUGAGAAGCACUGGAGAGAGAACCAUUUGACCAAGAAGAUGGACUUCAUUCACAUGAUACAGAUGUUGUAUUACGUGAAGGAUCCAGGUGCUACAGUCACAUUCUACCAGAGCCUCCUGGACAGGAAUGGAAAACUACUCAUAAUUCUGGUGUCUGAUGAGAGUGGCUGGGGAAAGCUGUGGAGGACCUUCAGGACCCAGCUGUGUAACACAGAGAUCAGUCAGUGUGUGACUACAGGUGAUAUUAAAGCCUACCUGGACUCUAAGACAACGAGUUACCAGAGCUACAAGCUGCCGUCUCAGAUGGACAUCACAGAGUGUUUCACUGAGGGGGACCAGAGAGGAGAAAUGCUUCUGGACUUCCUGACUGAGGUGUUAGACUUCAGUGCCACUGCUCCUCCUGAGCUGAAGAGAGGAGUUCUAGACCUGCUGAUGACCCCAGACUGUAGCAAGGAGGUAGAUGGGAGGGUCAUCUUCAAUAACACCCUGGAGGUGCUGGUGGUUGACCCUCUACAGUAACACAGGAAUAGAUCUCAAAAGGCUGUAGCAACAAUGUGUAUCACUGAUAAACACUGAAUAUACAAAACAUUAGGAACACUUUCUCUUUCCAUGACAGACUGAGCAGGUGAAUCCAGGUGAAAGCUAUGAUCCCUUAUUGAUGUUACUUGUUAAAUCCACUUCAAUCAGUGUAGAGGAAGGGGGGGGAGACAAGUUAAAUAAGGAUUUUAAAGCCUUGAGGCAAUUGAGACAUGGAUUUGUAUGUGUGACAUUCAGAGGGUGAAUAGGCAAGAUGAAAGAUUUAAGUGCUUUUGAACGGGGUAUGGUAGCAGGUACCAGGUACACCUGUUCGUGUAAAGAACUGCAAUGCUGAUGGGUUUUUCACGUGUAUCAAGAAUGGUCCACCACCCAAAGGACAUCCAGCCAACUGCGGGAAGCAUUGGAGUCAACAUGGGCCAGCAUCCCUGUGGAACGUUUGACAGCUUGUAGAGUGUGCCCCGAUGAACUGAUGCUGUUCUGUGGGGGUGCAACUCAUUAUUAGGAAAAUGUUCCUAACGUUUGGUAUAAUCAGUGUAUAAAGUCAGUAUUUCAUCCAUCACAAAUAAUGUUUGUCAUGUGAAAACAAUGUUUUACCUCACUUUAACAACACAUCAGAACCUAAAACAUGAUACACAGUUUCUUUUAGGGGGACGCUACUUUGGUUUUAGAAGUGGGAGGGACAUAUCAUGGCGGGGUGUCCUCCCCCAGAAUUAUUUUGGGCAUGUAAAGCAAAUUUCCUGCAUUUCUGCACAAGCCGAUAUGACGCAAGGCCCUUCUAGCCGUCUCUAUUUAGUACAACAAAAAGUAAGCAAAAAUGCCCACAGUCAUCAAGCCAGAUAAGAGAUAAUUAUUAAAUAUGUUUAAGUGAUUGAUAAAACUGAACUACAUGAAAGGCAAUUGAAUAAUCAAUAUUGUGUUGCACCUUUAACCAAUAGCCUAACAAAUGAACAAGACUUAAAAUAAUAAAGUACAAAGACUUUUGAUUAUCUUUA